GGCAGCCUUCUCCUGCACCGCGAUGGUCGACAUAGAGAGCCACUACCAUCCCCCCUCACCCCUGGAGGACUCGGUGCUGGGCAGCCCCCUGUGCGGCGAUGACGACUUCAUCGGCGGCAUGGAGGAGCUCCAGGACAUCUCCCAGUCCAUCAACGACGACGCUCUCAGCUCCUUCGAUGUCCCCGAGUACCAGUCCUCCAGCAAUGGCUCGGAAGGUUCCACUGUUCUAGAUGCCCUGACGCCGGCAUCCAGCCCGUCGUCGGUCGUUUACGGGUUGGUGGCGGGCCAGGACGAGUUCUCGUCUGCCUCCUCGUCGCUCAAUCUGGAGUGUCGAGUUUGUGCUGACCGAGCCUCGGGCUACCACUAUGGAGUACACGCCUGCGAGGGCUGCAAGGGUUUCUUUCGGCGGACCAUCCGUCUGAAGCUGGAGUACGACAAGUGUGAGCGUCGCUGCAAGAUCCAAAAAAAGAACCGCAACAAGUGCCAAUACUGCCGCUUCCAGAAGUGCCUGUCGGUGGGCAUGUCCCACAACGCCAUCCGCUUUGGCCGCAUGCCCCAGUCGGAGAAGCUCAAGCUGAAGGCGGAGAUGGUUACGGUGGACAGGGAGGUGGGAGACCCCCAGGUGGCCGACCAGAAGACGCUGGCCCGGCAGAUUUAUGAGGCCUACCUCAAGAACUUCAACAUGAACAAGGCCAAGGCUCGAACCAUCCUCACCGGCAAGACCACCACACCUCCUUUCGUCAUCCACGACAUGGAGACCCUCAAGCUGGCCGAGCAGACGCUGGUGCCAAAGAUGGUGGGCUCCGGGGGAACUCUCAAGGACCGCGAGGCAGAAGUUCGGAUUUUCCACUGCUGCCAGUGCACGUCGGUGGAAACCGUCACCGAGCUCACGGAGUUUGCAAAGUCCGUGCCCGGGUUCUCGAGCCUGGACCUCAACGACCAGGUGACCCUCUUGAAGUACGGCGUGUACGAGGCCCUCUUCGCCAUGCUCGCCUCCUGCAUGAACAAGGACGGCCUCCUCGUCGCCUACGGCUCGGGCUUCAUCACCCGGGAGUUCCUCAAGAGCCUGCGGCGGCCGUUCAGUGACAUGAUGGAGCCAAAGUUCCAGUUCGCGAUGAAGUUUAACGCGAUGGAGCUGGACGACAGUGACCUGGCUCUGUUCGUGGCCGCUAUCAUCUGCUGCGGAGACCGCCCGGGCCUGGUGAACGUGGAGCACAUUGAGCGAAUGCAGGAGAGCAUUGUGCAGGUGCUACACCUCCAUCUGCUGGCCAAUCACCCCGACAACGCCUUCCUCUUCCCCAAGCUGCUGCAGAAGCUGGCUGACCUCCGGCAGCUGGUCACGGAGCAUGCCCAGCUGGUGCAGGAGAUCAAAAAGACGGAAGACACUUCACUGCACCCGCUCCUGCAGGAGAUCUACAGAGACAUGUACUGA